AUGGUGUACGUUUAAAAUUUCGAUAAGAAAAAUCAAUAAAUAUUGCCAAUAGCAUAUGUGUUAUUCUAUUUCAAACAGUUUCAAGGCGCAAAAUUUCUCAGGGGCAGCAUCUACUCACACUAGCUCUGUCUUCCAUUUAUUUCACAUGUGGCAACCAUGCGAAUACUUUUUAUGAUUUUCACAAUAGCUGAGAGAAGUUUCAAGAUAUUACAGCUGCCCGCUACUACAACAUCGCUCUUCCUGCGCCGCAACUGCCAUAAUUUUGGCUACGACUACAGCAGCCUCACGCAACUAGAACUCAGUCGAGAGGCGACACGCCUGGUAAUUCGACGUCUCCAACGCACCGUUCUACGCAUCCUUCGGGACCCCGACAACAUGUCCCAGGCGACUCCCACGUUUGCACGGCCCUCGCCGGCCGACCAGAAGACGGAGAGUCCACCACCGCCGCCCCGGCCUGAUCAGGAGGAUAGCUCAUUUGCAGCCCAUCGAAGAGCCAGCGGCGGCAAGCAAGACUCCAACUGUCGCACGUGCAACGACUUCAAGUCGUGGUCCAAGCAGCAACGACUUAUCUCGAACGUGCAAACUUCUAAGGUCAAACACAUGGCUACUGCGGAAAAGAUAAGCGUGAAUACCGAGGAGGUGCGCGAUGACUGUCCGCUGGACAAGGUGCGUUUGGGAAUCUCUACUUGGGGCUUGCUGCAUACCAUGGCCGCUUUCUACUCGGACAAUCCCACGGACACUGAGAAGCGUGAUAUGAAGACUUUCUUUGAGGUCCUCUCUCGUCUCUAUCCUUGCGAGUUCUGCGCUAAAGAUUUCCGUACCGAUUUGGACGUCAAUCCAAUCAACGUCAACUCACAGAAGGAACUGGCUAUGUGGCUAUGCAAGUUCCACAACCGGGUGAACGAUAAGCUCGGUAAGCCGCUCUUCGACUGCAGCAAAGUGAACGAGCGAUGGCGCGACGGCUGGUUAGACGGUUCCUGCGAAUAGACACCGCACCGUCUACCCGUCGCCCCGCUCGCCCCCCCCGUAAGCAGCAGCCGUGGUCGGAGACCAAUUUCGAUGCGAGUAGUACCCCGAUACAUAAAUGUCAUAAAGCUACAUGAAUCAUGUUGACCAGAAUUGUCCCACUUAAAUGGGUCGGCAUAUUCACGUACACCAACUCAUUGACAGACACACAAUCCUGCGCAGGCGAGUGCUCCGUUUUCUGAUGGCGGCCGAGUUUAAGAUAGGCGGCGAGUCGCUGUAUAAAGCUCUGUGCCCCGUUUCUGGGCGGUGGCCCAUUUCCCUCAUUGCAUUUCAUCGCCCAGACUAGCACGUAAAACUGGGAAAUCGAUCGGUCGGGGCCUGAGUUGACUAAGGGCGACGUGAAAUUGUGUUAUACCGUAAUAGAAGAACACAUCCAAAGGUCUUUUGUUAAACGCUUUUGCCGGCUAUGAACACUUGCUAUGACAAUACACAAUUUGUUGAA